AUGGAUCGUCUUUGUCGUGCCCUUCGUGUCGCUCUCAUAUUGCAAGCUUUCCUGCUCCCAUCUACAACCGCAAGUUCCAUCUUGUCCGAAAGCCUGACAAAGAGCGCCAAGGUUCAGAAUGUCCACAGUGUUCUUGAAUACCAGCCUGUGAAGGAGACGUCUUGCGAGAAUGCGUCUCCGACCGGCCCCAUAGACACAACUUUAUGCGACUAUGAAACAGUCGAAAGCGUAAAUGAGGAUCUGUUUGAGAAUCUUCACGGAUUAGUUGCAACGCCAUUCUUCAAGUAUUUCCAGGCAGACUUGUACCGCGACUGUCCAUUCUGGGAUGACUACGGAUCGUGUAGUGAUCCGGGAUGCGCUAUCACUUCUAUAGAUGAGAGCCUAAUACCAGAAAAGUGGAGAGUAACCGUCCUAAGUAAAGCCAUCCCUGUAGAGGACCUUCAUGCACUGCCUGGCUGCUAUCACCGUGAUUCGGAUUAUUGUUUUCUGGAUGACAAUACAGGAGGGGAAUAUUACGAUCUUUCACUGAUACCUGAGCGUUAUACAGGAUAUUCUGGUGCAGGUGCAGGGGGAGUCUGGAGUGCUGUCUAUCGAGAGAACUGUUUUGGUCUUUCUAAAUCUGCCAUCAGACCGGGAAAACCGUCUACUGCGGUUCCAGAUACUCUCGCAAGCCAGCCCAAUGAAGGUAGCAACGACCAGUGCUUGGAAAAGAGGGUGUAUUAUAAGAUCGUGUCUGGCCUACACGCAUCUAUAUCGACUCACAUCUGUCUGGAGUAUCUUAAUCAGACUACUGGUGAAUGGGGUCCUAAUCUCCAAUGCUUUGUAAAUCGGGUCGCUGCUUACCCUGAGAGGUUACAAUACAUCUACUUCAACACGGUCCUUCUUCUCCGCGCAGUAGCUAGACUUGGCCCCUACCUUUCAGCUUAUGACUACUGUUCAACGGGAAAUCAUGAAGACGAUUUGGAGACGAAAGCGAAACUGGCCAACGUUCUCUCUAUAGCUCAACGCGCUGGGAAGUUUGACGAAUCGGUCCUAUUCCGAGGUGACAACGCUAAUGCCGUAAGAGAGGAAUUCAAAACCCAUUUCCGGAACGUGACCCGCAUUAUGGAUUGCAUUGGCUGUGAUAAAUGCCGACUUUGGGGUAAAGUACAAACCACCGGUGUUGCCACGGCUCUCAAGAUCCUCUUCGAGAUGGAUGAUAAGGCACUCGACCCGGACGCAAACUCCAACUUGCUUCAGCGAUCGGAGGUUGUUGCGUUGAUAAACACGCUGCACCGUUUCAGUGAAAGCUUGAAUGCUGCCAAUAUCUUCCGGGGUAUGUGGCAAGACAUCAGUCACACUGAGUCGCAGCAGGAUAUCAUUCGGGAAGUCGAAAAUGUGCCCCAUCAUCCACGACCGUCGCCAGGGAUCGGUCACGAAUGGAAAGGCACCAUGUUUGAAGAAGUACGCAUGCGGUUCAUGUCACUAUUUAGGGUGUGUAAGGAAAGCACGGCUGAGUGUGUAGGAGUGUUGCUACGGUUCUGGAUGCGAGGUCUGAGCGCAAUUUCUUCAGUGUUCGCCCCAUCUGGCAAAGAACACGGACCAGGUCAGUAUGUAGAACUGUAG